AUGUUUUGUGGCAAAUGUAACGUUGAUAGACAAAUGCUACAAGAACCAAGCACCUGCUCAAUAAAUUUGCAACGUGUAAUGCAAGUAGACUCAGAAGAUCGAUUGCAGCGAAAGAAACGCCUUUUUGAGUUCUACGGUCCGAAAUCUAAGGCUGAUGAAGUAACUGAAAUUCUUCCCGAUCCAAAGAACAUUGAUUCUGUGGGCUUCGAUCCAAGGGAGUACCUAAAUGAUCUCCUCCAAAAAUGUGAUCUGAACGAUUUGUUGGCUAAAGAGACAGAAAUAUCUGAACAAAUUCGUUCUCUUGACUCCGAAAUGCAGACGCUUGUUUACGAUAAUUAUAACAAGUUCAUAAAUGCCACACACACAAUCAAAAUGAUGAAGUCUAACUUUAAAUUCAUUGAAGAUGAAAUGAACUCCCUUGCUGAGAGCAUGGUUGAGAUACAACUUUAUUCUAGUGAGAUCGACCAAGAAAUUCGUGAGUCAAGCACAGCCAUCAGGAAACUGGUAACAACAGCUGAAAAUUUGCGGAGGCUAGGGUACUUGUCUUCACUGCCGUCAAAGAUUAGAGAGUUCAUGAAAAAGGAGGAUUGGACCAAAGCGGUAGACGCCUAUAUUAAAGCGAGUGGAUUUUUCGAGAAACAUCGCAACAUUCCAUCUUUUAAAGGCAUAGAUAAGGAAUGCACAGAGCUGAUCAGUGAAGUUGUCAAAGAGGUGGAGUCUCGUCUACUUUCGGCGGAGGAUUCGCAGACUUUAACCACGUCAAUUGAGGUUCUGAUGCAACUCGGACAGCCCAUGUCAGAAUUGUCAAAAAAGUUUAUUCAAGUAGCUUCACACUGCAUCGACUCGCUGUUUGAGAAAUUGGAUUCCCCGCAAGAUGUGGAAAGUGUAGAGUCGUCUGUGCCUGACCUUUUGAAUUUUGCAAAUGCAGCGGCGGAUACGAUUUCCGAAGGGGCACUAUCCUACGUCUUUGCCUAUUCAAGCCGCUUUCUUAGCAACGCAACUCUGUCAUCGAGGGAUAGUCAUUCAGAAGAUAACCUCGAGACUCCUCUUUUUGAGUUUCUCCAAAGUUUGACCCAGAAGUUCAUUGCCCUGAUUGACAAGAAGAUGCAAGACGGAGUUCAGUCCACUGAGAUAAGUCUGCUGGUGCGAGCUCUGGAGCGCCUCUAUGCGCGACUAGUGGGUUUCGGACGUAGCGUUCUGGAAGUUGUCGUGCCACCGAACGAGUCUUCCUCCCAAGCGGCCAACAACUUCAAGCGAAGUCUCGAUGAGGCCUCCCUGAACAUGGUAUUGGCUGUGGCCGCGAGGUGUUGUCGUGAGAAACAGUUUGCCUGUCUUAAGCUGCAGACUGCCGACUGCCUGACUGACAUCAGGCAUUACCUCGUCACGAAUGUCUGCUCCAAACCAACGAACAAUGAAAAUGAGGGUGACAGGAAGACGCUCACAGAGAUCUACAAUGAAAUGAGCCGAAUUUUGGCGACUAACCUUCGUGACUGCCUCGAGGAGUUGGAGCCCUUCUUAUCAAGCGAUAAUACCUUUGCUCAUCUCCAACUUUUCCGCGCUACCUUCUGUUUGGACUACAUCCGAGAGGAUAUUGUCACUGCCUACCUCCGUUUCCUCAUCCAAUUUUGCAAGGAGCUUUCAAAGUGUACGCCCUCCAGUAUUCCAGGAAGCAUAAUUUUACUGAUGGGAAAACUUUGUCUCGACUGGGCCAAUUCCGGUACCAUCGGUCAUUUGCUAAGCAUGGCCGAUGACUUUCUUCUCAUUGGUCUCCCAAAAUCCUCGGCCUCAGUUCAGUCACACCAGCAGGCCAUUCAACAGAUGCUGGCGACUCGGCAGCAACCUCUAACUCCGCCGGGUCCACUGGCAGAGGAGUUUCGCACCACGGCCACGCGUCUCCUGACCACCUUCGCCAAGUUCGAGGGUGCUCAGCUUGCACACAUGAUGCGUAAGUCCGUCGAGGCCCGCGAUUGGCUGCGUUGUCUCGAACCGCGUACCGUCCGCUCCGUGAUUCGACGCAUCCUCGAAGAUCUCGCUAACAUCGACUUCCAGGUGAGUCAGUUGCUUCCACCUUCGACGACCGGACGUGGUCGGGUAGGAAAGGAGGGUGGACGUGGAUCGGUGGAGGGUCGGUACUCCUGGCGCUCCUCGAUGUCUCAUCUUCGUGGACAGACGGUGGGAGGUCUGGCUGCGCUUCCCACUACUGCUGCUGGCGCCUUGGGCUCCUCACAGCAGCACGGCGCUAUUACCUCGCCGGCGUAUGAUCCAGCGUUGGCUAGUCAACUUCGACGUCUCUUUCAUCAACGUGUGAACGUGUUUGCUCCUGUCAAACCGACACGCGAGUCCAUCCUCUUUGGAGUGGUCAAGAUUGGUCUUAAAGCCUUCAGUGAGUGCGCAAGAACGCGGACAUUCGGGAAAUUCGGCCUCCAGCAAAUUCAAGUCGACUGCCACUACUUGCACAUCCACCUCUGGCGAUUCGUCAGUGAUGAGAGGGAAGUGCAGAAUGUGCUCGAUGACGUGAUGUACAGUGUCAUGCAACGCUGCGUAGAGCCACAAUUGAUGGACGAUAGCAUCGUUGACGCUAUCUGUGACACCUCCCGAGGGGGCAAUACUUCCUCCAAAAGCGGUGAGGAGACUAUAACAAUUUUCCUAUCCCAGUUGGAUUUCGAGUACGGACUUAAGCCGCGUUCUCUGGCCUUUCAAGAGUACUUGGAGCACCGCCUCGAUCUCAGUCAUUUUGAUGUUGACUACUCAAUCAAGUUCGAGGAAAAUUAUCGUGGACCGACGGCAGAUAUCGCGUUAGACACAAUCGAGUCGCGCUACCUUCUUUCGGCUAACUGUGAUGGCAGCCUGCUGCUUUACGACACACAGGCCCCCACCGAGACUAACAGCGGCAGUCCUUCGUUGGUGUUUCCCGUCCUCGCUCACCUCACCUCUGUGCCGCCCACCCUCCUCUCCUCACAGCACAAUCCCUCUGGCACUGGAGAUGGUAGGCUGAGUCAGUCCGUGUGCCUCCAGUGGAACCACGUGGACACGGGCUGCUUCUUCAGUGUCUCCGUUGAUAACACACUCAAGGUUUGGGACACUAAUACGGCUGAGUGCGUGGAGGUAAUCGCCACACCGGAGUCGAUGACGUGGGCGGCGCUAUCGCCGUGCGCGAGGGAGCACAAUCUCAUUGCAGUGUCGCUACGGCGGUGCUACGAUCGCCACCUUGUUUGCAUUGAUCCCCUCGUCGGCGCACCGUGCCUCAGCCUCUUGGGCGCCCACACCGCCCCCCUCAUCACCCAGGUCCUCUGGUCGGCUCGCAACUCCUUCAUCCUCUUCACCGCAGGUGAGGAUGGGAGAAUCAUCUUUUGGGAUAUCCGUGUACCACUGAAGCCUGUUGCUACGUUGAACAAUAAAUACAGGGAUAAAGAGCCGCUAUAUUUGCACGACGCUGUAGCGCACAACGGUGGAGUGAAGGGCAUGGCAAAUAGUCCCGAUGGCCUUCACCUCUACUCGUGGGGCGGCACGGGAGCUCGGGGUGGCUCAUGUCUACGUGUGUGGGGCCUCGAGGUGGAUGGAGGGGCGCCCUGCUCGAGCGCUGCCGCACAGCCACGCGUCGCCACUGCCGCCCUAGAUCGCGCUGUCAGCAUUGGUGCUGGCGCCGGCGUCAGCGAUCUUCACUGCAGCGACAUUAGCUCACCGCGGUGCGUUCGUCUCGCGGUGACCGACGGUGAUAUCGGCCCCCGUUUCCAUGCCUGGGGUGCAGAGGGCGCGCUCGUUUUCGUGCCGACCGAUCAGACUCUCCUUGUCACUUCUGUCGACAGGCGUUCAUAUCAUCACGACUCUAGUGUGCUCUCUCAAUGGACUAUUAAACGGCAUUUCUCCAGGAUGACGGCCUGUGCUUGGAAUCGAAAACGUCUGGAACUUUACACGGCGGGAAUUGACAAUAACCUCCACACUUGGCCACUCUUCCGUACUACAUCUGCUGACAAAAAUUCAGUAGAUGAGUGA